AUGGUUUUGACCGCGCUAGAAUAUGACCUCCUUACAAGAGGCCCUAAAUAUGUCAUAAACGAUACACGUACGGCUAAGAAACGACGUGGUGGUGAACUGGAUGCAGCUCGUGAAAAAAUUAAAAACAAGCUCAUCCGAAAAGGCAGCUUAGGAGGUCGUAGUAUGAUGGCUGCUUUUUUCAAAGACCUUGAAAAAGCAUUAAUAGAAUAUCAACGAGAAAAGAGUAGUUUCAAGCGAAAACAAAAUCUGCAAAAGCUUCAUCUUGUCAAAAGGUUGAAUUUUCGAAUAAAGCAGACGAAUACGAUUCUUCGAAAAACCGACAAAUCUAAAGUCUUCUACUUAGGUAAAUCAUCCGAUUAUAAAGACAAAGUGCAGAAGUACAUGAUAAAAACUAAUGCAUAUGAAGUAAUAGGGGAUAAAAGCCCAUUACAAGAUUUAGUUGUCAAAACUAAUCAUUUUCUGCGCCGUCUAUGGCAAGAAAAGAGAAUAACACAAAAGCAUGUGGAGGAAAUGUCAGUCGAUCCAGUAACAGCCGAAUUGGCACAUUUGUAUUUUUUGCCAAAACCUUAUAAACCGAAUACUCCGUUGAGACCCAUACUUGCCGGAAUUAAAUCUUCACCUAUGAAAAUCUCAAAAUUCUUAGACCGACAUCUUCGACCUUUGUUUGAUGUAAUGACUAAAGGGUCGUCGAUUACGGGAGGUAUCUAUUUGGUCAAACGGUUACGGAAAUGGGCGCAAUUUAAACUAACAAAUGAUACGAUAUUCGUUACGAUCGAUGUGUCAGAUUUAUAUACAAUGGUCCCACAAAAGGGUGGAUUAGAAGCAAUUAGAAAGAUGUUAGAGAUUCUCAAAGUAAAACAGAUUGUAGGCAUUCCGAUCGAAACGAUCUUGGAAAUGGCACAGUUUGUACUUGAGAACAAUUAUUUUCUCUACGAUGGAGUUUAUUAUCGACAGAGUCGGAGUGGAGCAAUGGGUUCCUCAUUCACACUCACCUUUGCUAAUGUAUACAUGUAUUUCUUUGAAAGGCCGAUGCAGAAAACUAUAGUCAGCAUCAAAAAAGGCCUAUAUUACCGAUAUAUUGAUGAUAUAAUCAUAGCAUGUCGUGCCACUGAAACUCAAAUUCAGGCUUGGCUAUUACACUGGAUCUAAAAAAGUAUUUUAAAAAACUUUUUUAAAAUACUUUUUUAUGAAACAGUAUUAUCAUUUAUUACAGACCGCAGUACGGAUUGAGAAAGAAGAUUUUGAUCCGAUGGGUUUAGAAGUUCACUAAAACAGAAUUGCUGUGUGCUUAUUUUGAGCUC